GGCAACUGCGCGGCCGCCGCCACCGGGGACCGGGCUGUCCCGGCGGGUGCCGCGGCCAUGAGCGCCGCGCUGGUGGGGUACAGCAGCUCCGAGGAGGAGCAGGAGCAGGAGGAGGAAGGGGGGAGCCGGGGCGGCGGCGCGCAGGGGCCCCCCGGGGCCAGCGCCGGCCGCCCCCGCCUGCCCGCGCCCGCCGGCCUGCCGGGAGACUCGGACCCGGAGGAGGCCGUGAGCGAUGACAGCUCCCGGCACGGCGGCCGCGUGCGCGGCUUCCCCCACGAGCGGGGCAACUGGGCCACGCACGUCUACCUGCCCUACAUUGCCCAGGAGGAAUUCCUGGAGCUGCUGGAGCUGCUGGUGUCCCGCGCCCGCACCUACGUCCCGUCGCUGGCUGCCAUGGAGGAGUUCCACCUGAGCCUCUCGCAGUGCGUGGUGCUGCGCUACCACUGGAUUGAGCCCUUCGUUCGCUCGCUCAGGGAGCGCCUGGCCGCCUACCACAGGUUCUUCUGCGUGGCUGACCAAGUGAAGGUUUACACCAACCAGAACAAAACCAGGACCUUUAUUGGCCUGGAGGUCUCUGCUGGGCAUUUCCAGCUGCUGGAGCUGGUCUCGGAGGUGGACGGCGUUCUAGAGGAAUUUGACCUUCCCACAUUCUACAAGGACCCAUCGUUCCACAUCAGCUUGGCCUGGUGUGUUGGUGACCUGUCUGGCAGGCUGGAAGGGCAGUGUCUGCGGGAGCUCCAGGACAUUGUGGAUGGGUUUGAGGAGUCAGCAUUCCUGCUGCGUAUCCAAUGGGAGCAAAUCCGUUGCAAGUCAGGGAACAAGUACUUCUCCUUCCCCUUGAGGUAGGGGCAGGUGGGGCUGUGCAUUUUGGAGCCUGGAAGAGCCUGACACUGAACCAGGACCGUUGCCUGGCACAGCUCUGUGUGGCGCGGGCUGGCACGCACCUCUGCGCUCUUCUUGCCUGCUCAGCGUCUCUGCGGUGUUUGUGGCCUCAAGUCGGGCCACUUCCAUUUCGAGCUGCUGGCUGAAGAAAAGUGUGUUUGUAGCAGAUUUCAUCCUCGCUGCUGGAUGUGCUGCAGUCAGCACUGGCAGUUCCAGACAUCCCAUGGUCGCUAAUUUUGCUGAUUUUUAAAAAAAAAGAAAAAAAAAACUUCAAAAGCCAUAGAUGCCUUAUGGGAAGGAGGAAGAAGGUAGCGUGGGAAGCUGCUACUAAAGGGAGAAUGUCUCACACAGUGGGAAGUAGCACUGCCAGAUUGUUGGGAGGCUCUGGGCAUGUUUUGAGUAGCAAGAGGGAAGGACAUGGAGCUGGUUCCUCUUCCCUGAGUGUUUUCCUACUGUAAGCCAGCUCAGACAAGCACCUGAGUCAUGUUGUGUCCCACUCACACUGCUGCUGCCUCUACUGUAGAGACAUUUCACUGUCUGAUCCUUUUGCCAAAGAACAAGAGCUUGCUGCCAGGUGUGGGUGAGCCCUGGAAUGGACAGUGUCAGUGUUUGCCUGAGCUGGGAGGGCAGUGCCCACAGGUGAGUCAAGGGGUGGCGGCUCCUGCCCAGGCUCCACACGUUUUCCCUCUGUGAUCAGCACCCCAGGUGGAUGAUGACCCAGGGGAUUGAAGGCUGGACAUUGUCCCUUGGGAGAAACUCCUUUUUAAUCCUCUUGUCUCCACGGGUUGUUCAGCUGCAACCUCUCAGGUAGUUGGAACAGGAUGCUGAUGUGAUGCCCUGAGUCUUUUUAUUCUGUGUCUGUCCGGGACUUCUGAGCAGUAAAAAUAUGUCUCCUCGUGUCAUAAAA